GGUAUCUAAAGUAAUCUUACACAAAUCCAGGGUUCGUUUUAUUGGUUGGAUAUACGAAAGAGAAAUCGCAUCAUUUUCCUCAUUCAAUUUUUAGCGUUUUGAACUUGCAGGGAUCAUCCUUCAUUGCCGGGAACAAUGGCUUCUCGGAGGCGAAUGCUACUCAAGGUCAUAAUCCUUGGCGACAGCGGGGUUGGGAAGACGUCGCUGAUGAACCAGUAUGUGAACCGCAAGUUCAACAAUCAAUAUAAAGCCACCAUUGGAGCUGAUUUCUUGACAAAAGAAGUUCAGGUUGAAGAUAGAAUGUACACAUUGCAGAUAUGGGACACAGCUGGACAGGAAAGGUUUCAAAGUCUUGGUGUAGCUUUCUACCGAGGAGCGGAUUGCUGUGUUCUCGUAUAUGAUGUCAAUGUCAUGAGAUCUUUUGAGAAUCUAUCCAACUGGCGAGAAGAAUUUCUUAUCCAGGCCAGUCCAUCUGAUCCUGAGAACUUCCCCUUUGUUGUUUUGGGGAAUAAGACAGAUAUUGAUGGUGGCAAUAGUCGGGUGGUUUCUGAGAAGAAAGCCAGAGCAUGGUGUGCCUCUAAGGGAAACAUACCUUACUUUGAGACCUCUGCUAAGGAAGGGUUCAAUGUUGAAGCAGCCUUCCAAUGUAUAGCAAAAAAUGCACUCAAGAAUGAACCGGAGGAUGUCUAUCUACCAGAGAGCAUUGACGUUGGGGGCGGGCAUCUACAAAGAUCAGCAGGAUGCGAAUGUUGAUUAGCUUUACUCAAAAUCGGGAUGCUGUGUAUGUGUAUAGAUGCUCUUUCAUCCCAAAUCCCAUAUUAUGCAUAAAGCCUUUUACACUGUCCAAACCUUUUAGGAUGGAUUGUUGGCAUCUGGUGAUUGGGUGUGUGUGUUAUAAAUCCUGUGUAAUAAACAUAAUGUGGUUUACUUUUAAAUUCCUGAUUUUUUUUCAUUCUUAGGCCCCGUUUGGUACAUGGAAUUCAAACUAUGGAAUUGGAAUUGGGGACUUCAAUUCCAAUUCUAGUGUUUGGUAGCACAAAUAUUAUGUAGAUUUGGAAUUGAUAGUGCAAAAAAUGAAUUGAAAUUGACAGA